UAAAUUCAGCAGCACACAUCCUGCGUUUCAGACGGAAGUGCGCACAGAGAGCCGUAAAUAGACGUAAAUGUGCGCCGAGUGCAGCUCGAAAUGUCCACCGGAGUGGGUAAACAUAAGAUGCUGUCUCUCGGGCCGACAGAGCCGUGGUCCAUCCGGGAGAAGCUGUGCCUGGCUUCGUCAGUGAUGAGGAGCGGAGAUCAGAACUGGGUGUCAGUGAGCAGAGCCAUCAAACCUUUUUCUGAGCCAGGCCGUCCUCCAGACUGGUUUUCUCAAAAGACGUACAGACCUGAGACGAAUUGUUUCUCGAGAUUACCACACAUUUCUCGUCCUUGUGAACAGCACUGCGCUUCCCAGUAUUCAGAGCUGCUGGAGACCACAGAGGCCCCAAAGCGGAAGCGUGGUGAAAAGGGAGAAGUGGUAGAGACCAUCGAGGAUGUGAUCGUGCGCAGGCUCACAGCAGAGAGGAUAGACGAACUCAAAAGACUCCUCAAAGACACCCAGGAGAAAUACAGGAAGCUAAAGAAGGAGGUGGAUUUGAUUCAGACAGGACACAUGGACUCUAAGCUAGAGGAGCUAUGGGGAGAAAUUGAACAAAAAAGGAAACAGGAGGAAGAGGAGGCUGAACAGAAGAGGAGAGCUACUGAGACAGCCUAUCAGGCACGGCAAGCCGCUAAAAACACAAAGAGGCACCCGAGCGUCACUGUCCGCUCUCCAUUAGGGGCCAGUUCUCCCAGCAUGGACGUCCCACAACCUGACACCCCUCAGCAAAUGACAGACGAGUCCUGUCCCAGUCCUAUGACUCAGGGUGUGCCAGUGUUCAUACCAGUGUCUGAGGCAGCCGGCCCAGUGCAUAAAGAGGGAAGUUUGAGUGCUCUGAUCGACGAAUCCCCACAGAAGAAGCACCCAAAUCAGAAAGCCACACCCCCACCUUCGCCUUUGCUGUCUGAGCUGCUGAAGAAAGGAAGCCUCCUAUCAGCCAGCCCUAGACUGGUGGUGGAGGGUGAGGUGGCUGCAGCUCUCAGUAAUGGUGCUCAUGGUAUGGACAUUCACGUCCCUGCAGCUGUUCAUUCAACCAGCCACGAUGUCUCAUCAGAUGCACCAACAUUAUCGCGUUUGUUGGAAGGCACUCCCCCAGUCCAGAUGCCCACCAGCGCCGAGCCCUCUAACCCCCCCUCUGUAGCUCCUCCUGCUUCCGGACAUCACUUUAUACCCACCACAGGGGCAGAAUGUUCAGGGGCAGAGUCGGUGCUAGCAGUACAGUCUGGGUCGGAGCAGACGGAGGGGAGAGAGGGAGAGCUGGUGGAGGACCUGGUGGCCGUGUCUUACAUGGAAGACGAAUUGGACCUGGAGACAGUGGGGGACAUUAUAGCCAUUAUUGAAGAAAAGGUGGAUGACUCAGUGGAGGUGUUGGAUGCGGCAACAGUGGAGGCUGCACUCUCUCUUUGUGAAGAAGCAGUGGCAGGGGGCCACCCCCUCUCAGAUCCCUGGGAAUCCCAGCCUUUUAAAGCACCUGAGCCUGAGACCAGAGUUUUCACCGGCCCGCAGCUUAUCUCUUCCUCACCGGCAUCCACUGCUAUCGUGGUGGAAUCUGUCAUGGUGGAAGAGGUAGCACAAACCGGAGUGUCCGUGAUGCCGACCGAGGACCCUGAUUCUGUUCCUCCAGCAGUUCCUGGGAAUGCACACGAGCCUGAGACGGCAGCUGAUGAUGAGAGGGACGUAGAGGAGGAUGGUGCACAGGAGGAGGAGCAGACGGAGAACAGAACGCCCAGUCCUUCUGUGAAGUGUGAGAGCGAGGAAUGGACACAACCAGAAGCUGAGACGCCCUGCCUCGACUCAGAGGACAGCUCUGCCUCCGGGAGAGACCCAAAGGAGGUGAAGGAUGAAGAUGGAGGGAGUGAGGUGGAUGCAGAUGAAGUGAUGGAGAUGAAGGAAUGCGGAGAGGGGCCGUAUCUUUCAGAGGUGGACCCACCAGCCAGCGAGAGCGAGGAUGGGUACGGCACGAACUCCCAGCGCUACACCACCGCAGACUCCACCGCCAGCAGCCCUGCAUCCUCCCAGUUUUCGAUGUGUAGCGAGGACCAGGAGGCUUUGCAGGCCCAGAAAAUCUGGAAGAAGGCCAUCAUGCUGGUGUGGCGUGCAGCAGCCAAUCACAGGUAUGCGAGUGUCUUUCUCCAGCCUGUAUCUGACGACAUCGCUCCUGGCUACCACAGCAUCGUACACAGGCCCAUGGACCUGUCUGCAAUCAAGAAGAACAUUGAGACAGGGCAGAUCCGCACGACAGCCGAGUUCCAGCGAGACAUCAUGCUAAUGUUUCAGAACGCGGUCAUGUACAACAGCUCGGACCACGACGUCUACCACAUGGCCUUGGAGAUGCAGCGUGAUGUCCUGGAACAGAUCCAGCAAUUUCUGGCCACUCAGCUCAUCAUGCAGACUUCUGAAUCAGGCAUCAGCGCCAAGAGCCUCCGUGGGCGAGAGGCCAACCGUAAACAAGACCCUAACGACAAGAGCCUGAGCCCAGCACACAAAGAUGCACAUUUAGAGCCAGAACCAGCUGCCAUGCCCAGAAGGAAAAGGAACAACUCCAAACAAGAUACUAACAAACAGGAUGGAGGCACCCGGGGUCGCCGCAGUGCUAUCGAGGCUGAUAUGAAGAUGAAGAAAUGAACAGCAAGUCCACAACACAUUUAGGAUCUCUCUCUCUCUCUCUCUCUCUCUCGGUCUCGGUCUCGGUCUCUCUGUGUCCUACCUUCACACUAGCAAGCAACAAGUCACUCGCAUGUUUAUAUUUUCUGUGUGUGUGUGAGACAAGGAAACAGUGUCUCAUGGUCUCUUUAGAAGUCAGCAUUAUUUAUUUGCUGAAUCAGAACUAAACUGAGCCAGAGAAGACACAACUACCCCACUAAAUGGUUUGGCAAAAAAAACAUUGAAGAUAAGCCAGGUCAUCAGUACUUGGUGUCCAAGGUUUUACAACAAAGCCUCAGUAGCUUUUCAGUGUUGUUUAGGACACAGUCUGACUCACUGUAAACAUUUUUUUAAAAAGUACACGGUGUAGCUGAACACUGCCAUCUUUUACAACUGGAAUCACUUAUCAUUCCAUUUCAUUUGUAUAUACAAGAUAGUGUUGCUGAUGAUAUGAGUAGCAAUAUAUUCAUUCACCAGCCCGUGUAUUAGGAGCUUUCAUGCACUUGUGCAUUCAUCCAGUCCGUGGCAACAGCAUAACAAAUCAAAUCGGGAUCAAGAGCUUUAGUUAAUGGUAGAAGAAAAAAAAAGAAGCUCUCCUGUAAAGGACCGAACAAGAAUCUGAUGUGAUCUGAUCUUUGGAGCUUGUCCACCUCAAGGUUUGACAUGUGUUCUGUGAUGCUUUACUGCUCACUAGGUUGUAAAGAGUAAUUAUUUGAGUAUCUGGUUGUUCUCCAGUGAUCCCUCAACAAAGUGUUUCCACCCAUGGAGCUGCUCACUUUUGUACCAUUUUGUGUAAACUCUAGAGACUGGUGUGUGAAAAGCCCAGAUCAGCAGUUUCUCAAAUACUCAAACCAUCUGGUAGCAACAUCAAGGUCUGUGUCCAAGAUCACACGUUUCCCCCCAAACCUGAUGUGUUUGAUGUGAAUAUUAACCCAAGCUCUUUACCUCUAUCUGCAUGUACACAUCAUUCACUUUGUGCUGCAGCCACCUGAUUGGUUGAUUAGAUAACUGCAUGAAUGUACAGGUGUUUUCUAAUAAAAUUAGUUUUUACUCCAGUGAAAAAUGAACAAAUCUGAUGUUGGAUGUUGAGCAUGUUUUGGAUGACUGGGGUGAAGACAACAGUGUAAAUUUGUUUAAUGAAUCCUUUAAUGUACUUGGUUUAAACUUCAUUAGGUGUGCAAUGUCUAGGGGCUGUCAAAAGUAGCUAAAGGAACUUUCUAUAUUUAAAAAGAAGUAAAUGUACCUUUUUUUCCCCUCCUUGUUUUAAUUUAUGUGAGUUAAUAAAACUUUAGAAACCAA